AUGCAGGACCAUCAUAAAAGAUACGACAAAAAGGAGUAUGUGAUCAAGCAGGGCCAUCAUGAAAGAUACGACAGAAAUGAGUAUGGGAUCAAGCGAAACCAUCACAAAAGGUACGACAGAAAGGAGUAUGUGAUCAAGCGGGACAAUGAUAAAAGAUACGACAGAAAGGAAUAUGGGAUCAAGCGGGACCAUCAUGAAAGGUACGACAGAAAUGAGUAUGUGAUUAAGCGGGACCAUCAUACAAGAUACGACAGAAAGGAAUAUGUGAUCAUACGGGACCAUCAUAAAAGAUACGACAGAAAGGAAUAUGUGAUCAUGCAGGACCAUCAUACAAGAUACGACAGAAAGGAAUAUGUGAUCAUACGGGACCAUCAUGAAAGAUACGACAGAAAGGAAUAUGGGAUCAUGCAGGACCAUCGUAAAAAAUAG